AUGAAGCUUCUUCAAUCCCUGCCACUCAUUCUGCCUUUGGCAUCGUGCCUCGUCAUCUCUCGCGAUGAAAGUCCCGUGUCUUACGAUGGGUUCAAGGUCUUCCGCAUCGCUACUGGCGACAGUCUCGCCGCUAUUGAAGAGAAGCUGUCUUUAUUCUCCACUGAGCCAUGGAAUCGGGAUCUCUCGCAGCACAUCGAUGUUGCCUUAGCUCCAAAUCAGCUGGCCGACUUCGAAGCCCUAGGUCUCAAUGCGACCAUUAUGCAUGAAGACCUGGGAGCCGACAUCGCGGCCGAAUCGAUCAUCGACGACUCGUCUGACCUUACAGCUCGUCAGAGUGGUAGUGUCCCCAGUGCUAAUUGGUUCAACAAUUAUCAUUCGUACAACGAUCACAUUCAGUUCCUACGCGACUUACAGGCUGCCUUUAGCUCGCGAUCUGAGAUUAUCACGUCUGGUACAUCGGUGCAAGGACGAGCUCUGACCGGCAUUCACCUAUGGGGCAGUGGCGGUAAAGGUUCCCGGCCUGCUGUUCUCUUUCACGGCACAGUUCACGCCCGUGAAUGGAUUUCCACCAUGACAGUUGAGUACAUUGCCUAUCAGCUUCUUACAACCUACGCAUCAGACGCCACGACUCGCGGCUUUCUCGACUCCUACGACUUCUACAUCAUGCCAAUUGUCAACCCUGAUGGUUUUGCCUACUCUCAGACCAACGACCGUCUCUGGCGUAAGAACCGCUCUGCCGCCCCCUCCGGUAGCUCCUGUCUCGGCACCGAUAUCAACAGGAACUGGCCUUACAUGUGGAACGUUCCGGGUGGAUCUAGUACCAAUCCAUGUGAUCAAACAUACAGGGGAAGAUCCCAGGGCGACAGCCCAGAGGUUCGAGGGCUCAUAAGCCAGAUCCAGUCACUUCAAGGGGGUCAAGGCAUCAAGCUAUACAUCGACUGGCACUCGUAUGGACAGUACAUCUUGACGCCCUACGGCUAUUCCUGCAGCGCGGUGGCACCUAACCAAGCCGAACAUGAUAGUCUAGCCGCAGGCACCGGCAACGCAAUCCGCGCGCAGGGUGGUACGCGGUGGACAACUGGGCCGAGCUGUCGCACACUGUAUGCAACGUCCGGCAGCAGCACUGAUUAUCUCGGAGACGUGGCGGGCGCAGAGUACAGUCUGACGAUCGAAUUGAGGGAUACUGGGGCGAAUGGCUUUGUGUUGCCCGCCAGCCAGAUCUUGCCCAGUGGCCGCGAGCAGUGGGCAGGAAUGCGUUAUUUGCUGGGGAAUAUGUAG